AUGGCUACCUAUGACUUGCUCCCUUCCAAAGAUCAAGGCCAUGUGGCAACAGCGACGGAUGUGUCCGACCGCGGCGAGAACCCCCAGAAAAUUCCUCGUACACUGAAGGAGUGGGCGCCUUCAUGGUUUUGGAGAGUUGGUGUUUUAAUCCUGUUGAUCGCCAUCCCCGUUGGAUAUAUUAGGGUGUUUGCUGGAGGCUCGGUGCGGAGUUCCCUCAUCUCCGAGUUUCGAAGCGCCAUCCUCGCAUCGUUCUAUAUGCCUGAUACACUCAUCUCUCACGCCAACGGCUCAACUGAUGGGUUUGACUCUGCCAUUACCGCACUCGGGGGACCAUCACAGGCUGCUCGAUUGGGACAACGAGACCCAUGGCGCAACGUGCGUAUUCCAUUCCUGGAGUUACUCCCAGGGUACGACCCUAAUGAUCCCUCGUCUUGGGUGUCAGUCCCAUCUGACAUGGUGGUCCCUUAUGCUUCACUUAUUGGCAUCCCUAUUCGUGGUGGCUCGUUCAAUCGAGCCGGCAACUCAACAUUGAUAAUCCAUGCUCACUACCAAACCCUAUCUUGCAAGCGCACAUUCAACGCAAUAGAUUGGUUCAGGGUUGGCUCUACAAAGCUCUUGUAUAAUGACCCGUCAUGGUUAGGGCUCCCGUUAAAGAGGUACGAGGGCAAAGGCAAGGGAAACCCUAACAUAGUGCUGGAUUUUGUGAACAAUACAGCGCUCCGGGGACAUUCUGUCGGCCUUCGAUAUCCGGAUGUUGACUUUGAACCAGAGUCUAAACUUGAGCUGGCCGUUGGGGGACGCUGCGAAGGCGACGUCUCCGGGGUCCCCGAUUGGAUACUUCAAAUAUGCGACAUUAGUACAUCUUAUGUGGACAUCCAAGUCGCAUGCACGAGGCUCAGCCCUUCAGAUGACCUGACUUGCCAGGCUGCGCGAGUUCGCAAUAGCCCAGGGUUUCCCAUCGCAGGGAAUCUGACCGCCCUUUCGAGCCUUCGUACAAUCGGUGGCAUCGUUUGGGAGUUACCUUUUGUAACAGCAAGCGAUCAUCUGGGGGAAGCUAGUGGAUUGGAAAAGUACCUCUGUGACCCUACUUAUGUCUUCAAGCGGACCCCAGAAGCCUUCUAUUACACUCCGGGUUGUUUUUCGAACGUGUCUCUGGAUGUGUUUGGAUCGAGGAUGGCUACUGUACUGAACACGGCUAUCAUGGCCAUGUACAACUUCAGUGUCUUGACCGGAGGGGAUGGCAUCAGCUUGAAAGGCCGCAACGGCAUUUGGCAUGACAGCACAGCAACUUAG